CAACUGCAUAUCCCACCCGGAGCUCACCCAUUUCAUCAGAGCAGCUUCCUUCCCACCUACAACUACGUCGCCGAUCCCACCCAGCUUUUUCCGAGUCGCCGAUUGUUUCUUUCUCCUUUAUACCUUCGCGCUUCAAUAUUUCGAGAUGCCUUUCGCGCAGCUUGUCCUGGGCAGUCCAGGCUCGGGUAAAAGCACCUAUUGCGAUGGCAUGCACCAGUUCAUGAGCGCGAUAGGACGCGAAUGUUCGGUCGUCAACCUAGACCCUGCGAACGAUAAAACGAACUACCCAUGCGCCUUAGAUAUUCGCGACUUAAUUACUCUAGAAGAGAUCAUGAGCGAUGAUCAACUCGGUCCGAAUGGCGGUAUAUUAUACGCGUUCGAAGAACUCGAACACAACAUGGAAUGGCUAGAGAAGGGACUUAAGGAGCUAGGAGACUCAUAUAUCUUGUUUGAUUGCCCCGGUCAAGUCGAACUAUAUACGCACCACAACUCACUCAGGAAUAUCUUCUUUAAGUUGCAAAAGAUGGAUUACCGCCUCGUAGCUGUACAUCUUUGCGACAGCUUCUGCUUGACCCAACCUUCCCUCUACAUUUCCAACCUCCUCCUCACCCUCCGCGCGAUGCUUCAGAUGGACCUCCCUCAUAUCAACGUCCUUACCAAGAUCGACAAGGUCUCAUCGUACGACCAACUACCUUUCAACCUCGAUUACUAUACCGAAGUACAAGACCUAUCAUACCUCAUGACAUAUCUCGAGGAAGAGUCGCCGGCAAUGCGCAGUGAUAAGUUCCGCCGACUGAACGAAGCCGUCGCCAAUCUUGUCGAGAACUUUUCCCUAGUCCGAUUCGAGGUUCUCGCAGUCGAGAAUAAGAAGAGCAUGAUGCAGCUACUGCGGGUAAUCGAUAGGGCUGGAGGAUAUGUAUUUGGUGGAGCUGAGGGUGCAAAUGAUACCGUGUGGCAAGUCGCGAUGCGUAACGAAUCGUCUAUGAUGGAAGUGCAGGACAUCCAGGAGCGAUGGAUCGAUGCGAAAGAGGAUUAUGAUGCCGCAGAAGAGAAGGAAUGGGAGGCGCAACGUAAGAUGCAGGAAGGCAGCACUGGGGCUACCACCCCCGACUUGAUUCCCGAUGACGACGAUGAUGAGUUCGAUGGAAUGCCUCCGCCCACAGGCGAUAGUGGUGUCAGGGUAGUGCGAAAGAACCAGUAAACCACCUCAACCAUCGGUUAUUUCUCCCAUUUCUACGUCGCUGUCGUCCUCGCCGGCGCCCAUCAAAUUCGCCAUAGUCGCGUCGCGUUGCGGCCUUUCUGACUUCCCGAAUAUGUUGCUGAGAGAGUCAUCAGACUUCUCUUUGUAGUCAUUCUCCACUGCGAAUAUAAGAUUUCGCGCGCGUCGA